GGUUCUUGUUACCACGAAACGGCAACACGUGCACGUUUCUACAAACCUCUCCCUCCCGACUAAUUUGCUUUUUUUAAUAAGAAAAUCUGCGGCGAGCGAUUCUUUCUACUUACAUUCGCCGGCGGCGAUGAUGUGGUGAUGUCUAUCCGUCAGAUCCAGAUGACGUUCUCGAGAUGCUCCGUUCACGCCUUCUUAUGCCUGGUAUUGCUACAUGCUGUUCAUGUCGGUGGAGCCAUUUCUGAGUCACAAGCACCCCACAGAGAACUUAAAGCUUAUCGUCCGCUGCAAGAUUGUCGUGGGUGUAAUAAUCUAGAGGAUGCGCACGCUUCCUCAGCGGCUGCUCUACACUACGAUCCAGAUCUCAAAGAUGUGAACAUAGUUGCCACAUACAGUGACCAUUAUGGCCAUAUGCGGCUUGGUAGGGUGAAAAUGGGGGAUCUUUCAUCUUCUUGGGUUUUGGAGAAUCAAGUUAGCGGCAACAAAAAAGGUUCGCAGCUAGUGAUAGCACGGGAUUCGUUUCAAAAUAAUACAAGAAUGGAAGACACUGCAAGUCAUUCUACAACCAAUCAGUCUGAUGAAACCGACAAUCAGUUUCCACACGUGGAAGUCGCUAACCCAGCAAAACUGAAGCGUCAGAUUUUACGUCAGGAAAGGAGAGGUCAACGAACUCGGGAGCUGAUACAACAAGAAAAGGAAACUGACGAGCAGAUGCAAGAAGCAGCCAUUGAGAAGUCUACCAACUUUGAGAACUCAGUCAUUGGGAAAUACAGCAUAUGGAGGAGAGACUAUGAGAGUCNCUUUGGGGAUGCGCACGCUUCCUCAGCGGCUGCUCUACACUACGAUCCAGAUCUCAAAGAUGUGAACAUAGUUGCCACAUACAGUGACCAUUAUGGCCAUAUGCGGCUUGGUAGGGUGAAAAUGGGGGAUCUUUCAUCUUCUUGGGUUUUGGAGAAUCAAGUUAGCGGCAACAAAAAAGGUUCGCAGACCACUCUUCUUCUCUCNGGUGCUCCUGCCGAUGCCACAAUUCAAGUUGAAAACAUCAAUGAUUUUAAGUGGCUGAACUCCUCUUAUUGCUCUGUUCUACGGCAGCUUGAAUCUGCAAGGCUGAAAGAAUACUAUUUCAAAGCAAAUCAUCCUUCAUCUAUCUCUGCUGGCGCAGACAAUCUUAAGUACCGCAACCCAAAGUAUCUAUCAAUGCUGAAUCAUCUCAGGUUCUACCUUCCAGAGGUUUACCCGAAGCUGGACAAGAUUCUGUUUUUAGACGAUGAUAUUGUGGUGCAAAAGGACCUGGCACCUCUAUGGGGAGUAGACAUGCAAGGAAAAGUGAAUGGUGCGGUGGAGACGUGCAAGGAGAGCUUCCACAGAUUUGACAAGUACCUCAACUUCUCAAAUCCAAAGAUCUCAGAGAAUUUCGACGCAGGUGCUUGCGGGUGGGCAUUUGGGAUGAAUAUGUUUGACCUGAAAGAGUGGAGGAAACGGAACAUUACAGGGAUAUAUCACUAUUGGCAAGACAUGAAUGAAGACAGAACACUGUGGAAGCUGGGAUCGUUGCCGCCGGGGCUGAUAACAUUUUACAACCUGACAUAUGCAAUGGAGAGGAGCUGGCACGUACUGGGGCUGGGGUAUGACCCGGCGCUGAACCAAACAGCAAUAGAGAAUGCAGCGGUAGUGCAUUACAAUGGGAACUAUAAGCCAUGGCUGGGUUUGGCAUUUGCCAAGUACAAAGCAUACUGGUCCAAGUACGUUGAGUACGAUAAUCCAUAUCUCCGUCGCUGCAACAUCAACGAAUGAAUGAAGAGAGAGGAGGUAGAUGAAGCACAGGGGGGAAGUAAAAUUGUUUUCAGUAUACCAACCAUAGCAAGGAAAGGAACCAACAGAGAGGGAUGAUUUAUUACUAUCACAGUAGUAUGAAAUAUAGUAGUAACUCUUGUUUUUUUUUUUUUUUUGGUUUUAGCAACUUAUUUAACCAAAAAAUCAUAUUUCACCGACCCAAAUAAAAAAGCUCAUCUUGAACGUGAAAUGGGCCUAAUAUGUAUCAGUUUCUUCACAUUAAUGGGCCUUAGAUUGGCCCAUCAUUGCU